AUGCCUGUGCCUCACAAUCUAGCCCCCCUUCAGACUGUUCCUGCUGAUCGCCCAUUUCAAAAAGUGGCUGCAGACAUUACAGAGCUUCCUUUGACACCUUCAGGGUAUAGAUAUGUGUUAGUUAUCCAGGACUAUUUUACUAAGUAUGUGAACUUGUAUCCAAUGAAAGACCAAAGAGCUGUAACUGUUGCACAGUGUAUUUUUGAGUCCUACAUCACCGAACACGGCGUUCCUGAAUGUCUUCACACGGAUCAGGGAAGGCAGUUUGAAGCUGACUUAAUCAAGGAGCUUUGUUCCAAGUUAGGUGUGACCAAAUCCAGGACCUCCCCUUAUCAUCCAGAAGGGGAUGGUUUAAUAGAACGAUUUAAUCGCAGCUUGAAAGAUCAACUUGCCAAGUGCCUGUAUCAGCAAAAUGAACCAUGGGACACAAUGUUGGGGUCCAUUCAGUUUUCGUACAACACUAGCGUUCACACAAGCACAGGAUAUACUCCAUUCUUUUUGGUACAUGGUCGUGAAGCAAGAUUGCCAGUUCAUCUGCUCUUCCUUGCCCCUGUGGAGACAUCAUGUGCUUCCCCGGGUACCCCAGCGGAAUAUGCCAGAUCUAUCUGCAGGAAGCUGCUGCUUGCUUAUAAGACGAGUCAAGAACAAUGUGCUCAUGCUCAUGCUCAACAAAAAGCACAGUAUGACAAAAAGGUGAAAUACACAUCCUACAAGGUUGGGGAUUUUGUGUGGCUAAAUGAUCCUGCACAUUCCAGAUGUAAGCUAGCACCAUGCUGGAAAGGACCUGUAAAACAAGCAGUUCAGCCUGCUGAAGGCCAUGGCUUACUUUAUGCCAUUCAACAAAGGUACUCUUCAAAUGGCAAUGCACAGAUUGUUCAUUACAAUCGUCUUAAACCAUACCUGACACCUACAUAUCCAGAGAGUCAGAUGAAACAAGAGGCACCUCAUCUCCCGUUACAGGCAACAAGGGAGCGCAUUCACACUGGAGAGAAACCGUAUCAGUGCUCACAGUGUGGAAAGAGUUUUAAUCAACAGAGUCAUUUUAAAAGACACCAGCGCAUUCACACUGGAGAAAAACCUUUUCAGUGCUCACAGUGUGGGAAGAGUUUCAAUACACAGAGUGAUCUAAAAAAACACCAGCGCAUUCACACUGGAGAGAAACCAUAUCAGUGCUCACAGUGUGGAAAGAGUUUUAAUCGACAAAGUUCUCUAAAAAUGCACCAGCGCAUUCACACUGGAGAGAAACCAUAUCAGUGCUUAGAGUGUGGAAAGAGUUUUAAUACACAGGGUUAUCUCAAAACACACCAGCGCUUUCACACUGGAGAGAAACCGUAUCAGUGCUCACAGUGUGGGAAGAGUUUUAAUACACAGGGUGAUCUAAAAAAACACCAGCGCAUUCACACUGGAGAGAAACCGUAUCAGUGCUCGCAGUGUGGGAAGAGUUUUAAUCAUCAAAGUGCUUUCAGAAUACACCAGCGCAUUCACACUGGAGAGAAACCGUAUCAGUGCUCACAGUGUGGAAAGAGUUUUAAUCAACAGAGUCAUUUUAAAAGACACCAGCGCAUUCACACUGGAGAAAAACCUUAUCAGUGCUCACAGUGUGGGAAGAGUUUCAAUACACAGAGUAAUCUAAAAAAACACCAGUGCAUUCACACUGGAGAUAAACCAUAUCAGUGCUCACAGUGUGGAAAGAGUUUUCAUCGACAAAGUGCUCUCAAAAUGCACCAGUGCCAGCACAUUCACACUGGAGAGAAACCAUAUCAGUGCUUACAGUGUGGGAAGAGUUUUAAUCAACAGAGUCAUUUUAAAAGACACCAGCGCAUUCACACUGGAGAGAAACCAUAUCAGUGCUCACAGUGUGGGAAGAGUUUUAAUACACAGAGUGAUCUCAAAAUACACCAGCGCAUUCACACUGGAGAGAAACCGUAUCAGUGCUCACAGUGUGGAAAGAGUUUUAAUCGACAAAGUGCUCUCAAAAUGCACCAGCGCAUUCACACUGGAGAGAAACCAUAUCAGUGCUCACGGUGUGGGAAGAGUUUUAUUACACAAAGUAAUCUUAAAACACACCAGCGCAUUCACACUGGAGAGAAACCAUAUCAGUGCUCAGAGUGUGGAAAGCGUUUUAAUAAACAAAAUGAUCUGAAAAAACACCAGCACAUUCACACUGGAGUGAAACCAUUUCAGUGCUCACAGUGUGGAAAGAGUUUUUAUUGUCAGAGUCAACUCAAAAGACACCAGCACAUUCACACUGAAGAGAAACCAUUUCAGUGCUCACAGUGUGGAAAGAGUUUUAAUUGUCAGAGUCAACUUAAAAUACACCAGCGCAUUCACACUGGAGAGAAACCGUAUCAGUGCUCACAGUGUGGAAAGAGUUUUAAUCAUCAAAGUGCUCUCAAAAUACACCAGCGCAUUCACACUGGAGAGAAACCGUAUCAGUGCUCACAGUGUGGAAAGAGUUUUAAUCAACAGAGUAAUCUCAAAAAACACCAGCGCAUUCACGCUGGAGAGAAACCAUAUCAGUGCUCACAGUGUGGGAAGAGUUUUAAUACACAGUGUGCUCUCAAAGAACACCAGCGCAUUCACACUGGAGAGAAACCGUAUCAGUGCUCACAGUGUGGAAAGAGUUUUUAUUGUCAGAGUCAACUUAAAAGACACCAGCACAUUCACACUGAAGAGAAACCAUAUCAGUGCUCACAGUGUGGAAAGAGUUUUUAUUGUCAGAGUCAACUUAAAAAACACCAGCACAUUUACACUAGGGAGAAACCGUAUCAGUGCUCACAGUGUGGAAAGAGUUUUAAUUAUCGGAGUCAUCUCAAAUCACACCAGCGCAUUCACACUGGAGAGAAACCGUAUCAGUGCUCACAGUGUGGGAAGAGUUUUAUUGAACAGAGUGAUCUCAAAAAACACCAGCGCAUUCACACUGGAGAGAAACCGUAUCAGUGCUCACAGUGUGGAAAGAGUUUUAUUACACAAAGUAAUCUCAAAAUACACCAGCGCAUUCACACUGGAGAGAAACCGUAUCAAUGCUCACAGUGUGGAAAGAGCUUUAGGUUCCAGAGUGGUCUCAAAGGACACCAGCACAUUCACACUGGAGAGAAACUGUAUCAGUGCUCACAGUGUGGAAAGAGUUUUAAUCAACAGAGUACUCUCAAAAUACACCAGCGCAUUCACACUGGAGUAAAACCAUAUCAGUGCUCAGAGUGUAAGAAGAGCUUUAAUAGACAGGAAUAUCUUAAAAAACACCAGUGCAUUCACAUUUCACAGAAAUGAUGCUGUCAGUGUUGGAGCUGCUUUGCUCAUUUAUCAGUGUUUAGACACAAGUGUGACAUAUCAGAUUGUACCAAACAAGCUAAAUUAAUAAAUUAAUAGCUAAUAAUUAAUUACAGGGCACCACUGUCAGUUUUUAGGGAAAUUACCAGGAAAUCCAGAUUUAUAACAGAUCAGUUUGUUAGGUCGAUUAUUUCUCUCACUCAGGGAAUCAAAUUCACAGCGCUAUAUUCUGAAUCAUUCAAAUAUUUAUUGAACUU